AUGGCUGCAUGGGAAGAUCUCGUGCAACAAGCUCGGCAUGGGAAUGGCUUGGGUGCGAUGGAGGGCUUGCAGCGGCUCAUCAGCGAUGUGAAUCCACAGCUGCGCUACGACGCCGUGGAGGCCUUGAUGCACAUUGCUCUCGCGGUCUUCGCGAGGGCAGACGCAGAAGAGGUGAAGCUGUGCUACGACCUCUUCAGCAGCCAUCUGUCAAAGAGUGUGGGCGACCACGACGAGUACGUGCGGGCUUUGGCACUGGAGGGCAUCUCAUCUGUGCUUCGCAGAGGCGAUCACGAUGCAGGCUCGGUGAUACAUGUGCUGUGCGCCUGCGGCUCUCGUAGUACUGGUAGCUUUGAGUGA